AUGGCUUACCGCAACGAGCUGUUUGAAAAUACCAUCCCCGAAAUCCAACGGACCAAUCUUGCAAAUACGGUUCUGCUACUGAAGUCAUUGGGUGUGAAAAACCUACUUGAAUUUGACUUCAUGGACCCGCCACCUCAGGCGAACAUCUUAAAUUCAAUGUAUCAACUUUGGGUCCUCGGCGCCCUGGACAAUGUAGGUGAUUUAACCCAAGACGGCCGCAAGAUGUCAGAGUUCCCAAUGGAACCUUCAAUGGCAAAGAUGCUGAUCGCCUCGGUGGAUUAUAAGUGUUCUGCCGAGAUGCUGACGAUCGUGUCUAUGCUGUCUGUACCAAGUGUCUUUUACAGACCAAAGGAAAGAAUGGAAGAGGCGGACGCGGCUCGAGAAAAGUUCAAUGUUCCGGAAAGCGACCAUUUGACAUUGUUGAACGUCUUUAAUCAAUGGAAGAGCCAUGGGCAUCGUGAUGAGUGGGCAAUGCGUCAUUUCCUGCAUCCAAAGUUGCUCCGUAAAGCACGCGAAGUACGGGUACAAUUGGAAGAUAUCAUGAAGUUCCAGAAGAUGGAGAUCAUAUCUACUGGGACAGACUUUGACUCAGUGAGAAAAGCUAUCACAGCUGGUUACUUCCAUCAAGCAGCUCGAGUCAAGGGUAUCGGAGAAUUUGUCAACAUCCGUUCUGGUCUCCCUACACACCUUCAUCCUACGAGUGCUUUGUAUGGAUUAGGAUAUACACCAUCCCAUAUCGUGUACCAUGAGCUUAUCUUAACCUCAAAAGAAUAUAUGACGCAAGUAACAGCCAUUGAUCCCCUCUGGCUUGCUGAAUUGGGCUCCGUGUUUUACUCGGUAAAGGAGAAGCACUUUGACGAGAGAGGGAAUAGGCGUACAGCGGAUCGAGAAUUCUCAAAGAAGGCGGAGAUAGAGACGGAAAUGGCGCGUCAACGAGAAGAGACUGCGAAGAAACAGGCAGAAGCGAUUUUGGCGGCAAAGACGGCGAGCGGAAGUAAAUCCAAAAUCAUCGUUCCCGGUACACCUCGGCAUACUGGAAUUGGUGCUGGAGCUCGAGUGACGCAGACACCGAGAAGACGAACGGGCAUUUAG